AUGACCUUGACCGUGGCAGUUCUGUUCCUUGGCAGUUGUGUCAGCAUCACGUCCAACACAAUGGCUUCUGGUCAAGAGUUUGAGGUGACUGUUCACACCUCCCCGGGCCCCACCUGUGGAACCUUCAACCGCCUGUGGCUCAGCCUGAUUGGCUCACAGGGAGAGACUCCACCUGUUGAGGUGAACGAGGGCGAACAUCAUCUUCUGAGUGGAUCUGUGUGUCCAGUCCGGGUCCAGGCCAACGGUCCUCUGGGUUGCGUGGUUCUAGUCCGGCUUCGGCUGGAGGCUCAGGUCGGACUACCCAACCUGAACUGGCACUGCAGCAGGGUGGAGGUCCGCAGGAUCGCCGGAGAAUGGGCGCCUGAGGAUCCAGACGUACAGGUGUUUCUGGGUGACAGGUGGCUCCAAACAGCAGAUGGUGACGUAGAGCUACGAAGUGGAAAACUUUGUCUCCUGCAGGACGAAACAGAAGAGAAGCUGAAGCAGCAGAGAGUCAAAGAGCUGCAGCUUCAACAGAGGCUCAUCAGGUGGCGUCAGUUUGUGGAUGGUGCUCCACAGUGCAUCGACCUGAGCAGCGCUUCUGACCUCGGACCGAACCUCAGCUACAAACACAAGAGUCCUUCAACCAACACGCACUACCUGAAAGGCUUGGACGGCCGCGCUGAGGCCUGGACCAGCCUGCAGGAGUUUGAGACGGUUUUCUUGCAGAACUCCCGUCAGAACAGCAUCGCCAGUAAGAAGCCGCACCACAGGGAGGCUACGGUCAGACUCACUAAUGGUAAUGUGGUGGAUGUCCUGUCAAUCUCAGGGUUCAUUAGAGCUCACUGGACGGAGGACUGGUACUUUGGUCACCAGUGUCUGAACGGCUGUAACCCUCUGCUGCUGCGUCAAAUCCACGCUCUGCCUCCGAACCUGCCUGUCACCUCGGACCUUCUCCGACCCUUCCUGCCUGAAGGCUCCUCCAUCGAUCUGGAGCUGCAGAAAGGAAACCUUUACUUGUUGGACUACGAGGUUCUGGACGGGAUCCCAGCCAACGUGAUCAAUGGAAAGCAGUCGUAUUUGUCUGCCCCGCUGUGUCUUCUCCACCUGAACCAACAAGGACAGCUUGUGCCCAUCGCCAUCCAGCUGCAGCAGACACCUGGCCCUCAGAAUCCGGUCUUCCUGCCCUCUGACAGCGGCUGUGAUUGGCUUCUGGCCAAGAUGUGGGUUCAUGGCGCAGAUUUCCAGUGUCACCAGCUGGUAUCCCACUACCUGAGGACCCACAUGAUGGCAGAGCUGGUCUGCGUGGCCACGCUGCGACAGCUGCCCCCGGUUCACCCGCUGCACCAGCUGCUGAUGCCACACGUCAGGACGUCGCUGCAGAUCAACCACGGGGCCCGAGCCUCGCUGCUGGCUCCUAACGGGGUGUUUGACAAGGCCGUCGGCUGUGGGCUGGAGGCGCUGCCUGUUCUUCUGUCACGGUCGUCUCGGAGGAUUUCCUAUCGGUCCAUGUGUGUCCCUGAUGAUGUGAGGGACCGUGGUGUGGAUAAACUGCCACAGAGCUACUACAGCCAGGACGCUCUGAGGGUGUGGACCGCGCUGCACAGGUUCGCGCUUCGCUGGGUCGAUCUCUACUACAGCGGAGAUGAUGUGGUGCAGCAGGACUCGGAGCUUCAGCAGUGGAUCGCUGAGCUCCACGCACAUGGCUUCGUGCACAGCACAGGUUUCCCUCAGGUUUUCCACACCAAAGCUGAAGUGACCAAGUUCGUGACCAUGGUCAUCUUCAGCUGUUCAGCUCUACAUGCUGCUGUUAACUUCUCUCAGCUGGACUUCGCCCUCUGGCUUCCAAACUGUCCCAUGUCCAUGUUGCGGCCUCCUCCGCAGGUCAAAGGCUCAGUGACAGAGGACGACAUCACAUCUUUCCUGCCAGAUGUGAACGUCAGCUGUCGGGUCCUGGCGUCGCUGUCGCUGCUGUCUCAACCUGCCGUCGACUUUGUUCCCCUGUGUCACUACAGAGAGCCUGUCUUCGGGAACGACGUCCAUCGCAGGCUGCUGCAGGAGGUGCAGGCUGAACUUGACGCCAUUUCCAGUGACAUCGCCAAACGCAACAGCCACCUGGAGCUGCCGUAUCCGUACCUCAGCCCCACACACAUCGACAACAGCGUCGCCAUUUAGACUCAUCAGGAGCAACCAUUGAGAACAAGCAGCUGUUUGUGAUCGUCACACCGUUAAAGCAAACAAUGUUCAAGUUUUAAACUCUUUAAACAAAAGUGAAAUAAAUCCUAAUAAAUGA